AAUCAUGGUUUUCAUCGAGACUGGAUGCACUCAAAUCAUUGGAAAUCUUCGCUGGAAGAUACGAGGAAAGAAUUUGUCUUACAAGUUGUGAAGUCGGAAGGGUGAGGUGAUUGCGUUUGGUGAACCGAGCGGCGGGGCUGUCGUAGCCACAUUGCGUUGGAUUGUCUGGCCUCAUCAAAAAUUAUAACACAGUUUUGACCUUCUCAUUCAAUUGACAUUACGAGCCCAGCGUUACCAGUAUGUCGCGGGCAGCUGAAGCAGCUAUGGCUGCAAGUUACAAAAGCUUGAAGGAGGAUUUCGUGUCAAAUUUGACAGGUGGAGGAAUUGGAGAAAUCAAUAUGGUUACUGCUGUCGCUCCAGUCGCAGUUAUCCUUUGGUCGGCUUUACAGAGCCGCCAGCAAUUUUUCGCACCAUAUACUCCAAUUGCUUUCGCUGUCGACUUCCUUCUCAAUGUCGGAGCUAUUCUUCUCGCGAUUUCUGUCUACGCAGAUAUGCCCCUCAUCUUGAAUCUCUUACUGCUUGCGCCAGUUCCAUUACUAUAUGCAAUCCCACCGCAGAAGACCAUACAAAAGACUACACAAAAGAAAUCAAGAAUCACACAAUUAAAAGCAAAACCUUCAGACGAAUUGAGUCCCCUUCCGAAGAAGCCUUUCCUCACCAUCUAUAGAGGGGCAAUGAUGGUCAUCACUUGUAUAGCUAUACUUGCUGUCGAUUUCAGAAUUUUCCCACGGAGGUUUGCCAAGGUAGAAAACUGGGGAACGUCGUUAAUGGAUAUGGGAGUAGGAUCUUUUGUAUUUUCUGGUGGUCUUGUAGGCGCCCGUCCGAUACUCAAAGAACAGAAUGCUGGCCGAACAACGAAGCUCAGCACACGCUUAUACAACUCGAUACGCCAUUCACUGCCAUUGAUUGUUCUUGGAAUCAUACGUUUGUACAGUGUUAAAGGAUUGGACUAUGCGGAGCAUGUUACUGAAUAUGGAGUUCACUGGAAUUUCUUCUUUACCCUUGCAUUCAUUCCUCCAUUCGUAGCGAUAUUUCAGUCCGCGUUUCAGCUCAUCCCGUCAUACGCCCUGUUGGCCAUAAUCCUCGGCUCCUUGUAUCAAGUUACACUCGAAUAUACCAGCCUCAAAGCUUUCAUACUCACAGCUCCAAGAACAGAUCUAUUUUCGAAGAACCGUGAAGGAAUCUUUAGUUUCUUUGGCUAUCUCGCAAUAUUUCUGGCUGGUCAAGCAGCUGGGAUGUUCGUAUUACCACGCAAUUCCAUACCGACCGGAGGUCCUGCUGCUCAGAGAAAACGCCUCUUGAUGCAAAUGGGUACAUGGUCAGGAGUGUGGAUUGCCCUCUACUUGUUCACCACAAACUACAAAUAUGGAUUGGCAUUAAGUGUAUCACGCCGUCUUGCGAACUUUCCAUAUUUCCUAUGGGUUUCAGCUUUCAAUUGCUCACAAUUGACUGCGUUUUGUUUGGUGGAAACGAUAUUCUCCCCAGCGGCUCAUAAAAGCACGGAUGCGAAGACGGAAAAGGAGAAUUAUGAACUCUCAACCAGUCGAGUCCUUGAAGCAUUUAACAGAAAUGGUCUGGCCAUCUUCUUGGCUGCGAAUUUACUUACAGGACUCGUCAACCUGACCAUCCCAACUUUAUUUGUCAGCAAUCUCCAAGCUAUGGGGAUAUUACUACUUUAUGCCUCUGCAUUGACGGGACUUGCAGUAGGUUUGGAUGUAUAUGACAUCUCCAUUAAAAUGUAAUCCCGGAUGGAGAUUGUUUUAAGCAACACAGUAAUCUGCAAUCUCGCCGAGUCCAGCUUUUGCCUUGCAACUCCCGUGCUUGAUGAAAACAGCGAUGAACCUUGUACACAACCUUUGACAUUUGAUACCUGCUUUUCGGAUGCUGUGAUGUGAACCUGAAUAUAUAUAUAUAUCAAUCGUACGGGUAGAUGAGACAAUGAAGCAAACAAUGCAAAAGUUUCGACCUUGGCAGUUAAAUUCAUAUACCUCUGAUUCAUGUCCCAGAGCCAAAUAUAUCUCGGGUCGGUUAGAUCGGUAUUACCAUUUUUAUUAUCUAGAUACCUACUUUAUGGAGAAUCAAGUGUCAGUCAGGUAGGUAAUCAAUCAAUCAAUCGAUCCAUCCAUCCAUCCAUCAAGCAAUUCCAGCAUAAAACUCUACAGUAAUAUAAAUUAACCCACAAAGCCACAACCUUGACCAUUCCAAGGUUGAUUCCGCACUCAUCAGCGUGUCCGUCCGAAGAUUUUAGAAGUUUACAGAGUAUAGCCUGGGGGAAUGAAUGAAUGAUGAUCAUCAGAUUUGAUUUGACUUGAUUUGUUCGUCGUAUCGGGAUAUACCUAUGCUGAAACAAUGUAUAUCCUCCUUGCACCUUUUUUAUAUGCAAUACCUAUGCAAGCUUACUCGACUUCUUCGUGGACCUUUUUUCUUUAUAUGUAUGUGUAUGUGUAUGUGUAUGUGUAUGUGUAUGUGUAUGUGUAUGUGUAUGUGUAUGUGUAUGUGUAUGUGUAUGUAUGUGUAUGUGUAUGUGUAUGUGUAU